AUGAAAAUCUUAGAAAAUGAUUCUGGGCUAAGUUUUAAAAAGAAAAACAGCUUUGCUUUAUUAGCAAACCCAAUUCGGCCUGGGUCUAUGACUUCUUCAGUAUGUACACUAUGCUCAGUUAUAAUAGGAUCAGGAGUUAUGGGGCUUCCAUAUGCAGUCCAUAAAUGCGGGCUUUUAUUAGGAAUUUUUUUUAUACUGUUCAGUGGGUUAACAUGCUCUUUUUAUUACAAAAUCCUUAUAAAUGCAGUCGAUAAAACCAAAGAAACUACCUACAUCGGAAUCGUAGCUGCCUUACUUGGAAAAACCCCUCAAAAAAUCAUACAGAUUUCUUUAAUUAUAUAUUCUAUAGGAAUUCUCUGUUCAUAUCAAGCAAUGAUUGCACAAUUUUUAGACAGUUUAUUACACUCAAUCAAUAUAAUCCCUUCAGAAUAUGGCGAUUACUGUAAAAUCCCUAUUACCCUUAUAAUCAAUUUAUUUGUACUUUUUCCUCUUUCUUUAUAUAGAAGAUUGUCAUCCUUAAGAUAUACCUCAAUAAUAAGUGUUACCACAAUUAUUUAUAUAUCAGCUAUCGUCUUUAUCCAGACUCCAUCUUAUUUAUCAAGAAAAUAUGAAUUUUGGGAGCAUUUUAAUUGGAUUAAUUUUGAUUAUGGGGCAGUAAAUGGACUUUGUAUAAUUUUAUUUGCAUUUGAAGCGAGUAGAGCUAUACCAAUUGUGUAUAGCGAAAUGAAGAAAAGGAAUCCUAAUAAAAUGGGAGAAAUUAUUGGUAAGACGAAUAAUCUUAUUAUAGCAUUUUAUCUUGUAUAUCUUUUAUAAAAUAAUAAAUUAUUUAAAUUUGUCCGUUUUAUAUAUAUUUUCAAUAACAAAAAAACAGUUAAAGUCUAUAGUAAUAGGAUAAUUGGAGUCUUUGGAUUUUUGUCUCACAUUGACAAUAUGCCAAGACUGAUUGUUAACAGAGAGCCAUUAGAAGAAAACUCAAUAGACCUUCCUAUGAUUAUGGCUAAGUUUUGCUUAUCAUUUACAUUAAUGCUGGGAGUUCCUGCUAACGUUCAUAUGACAAGUUAAGCUAGUGCUAUAAGGCUAUAAGCAGAUUAACCACUGCCAGACUAUCUGGAGAAAGCCACUAACCUAAAGAAUAGGUCCCUAGGUUAGAUCUACUCUUAUGCCCAUUAGUCCUGAUCAGCAAAGGCUAAAGGCGAAAUAGAACUUCCCUAUUCUGCAUAUAUCCCCAAGCCUGAAGCCUAGUUUAAAAUGCAGGGCACUAUUUUCAGCUUCAUCAGGAUGGGUCCUACCUGCUUCAUAGGGGUCCAUCAACGUCACCAUUUUAUUUUGAUAUGACAAGAAUGGCGAUAUCUAAUUUAUCUACCAAGCUAAACACCGGCAUAAACACACAUAUAGCAAUUACCGCUCUUAUUUUGCUAUAUUCUGUCAUCACAGCUAUAAAAAUUCCUGACGCAAUUUCAUAUUUUAAAAUAAUUGGAGGAAUAUUUUCAGUGCUUAUUGGAAAAAUUUUUCCUACCCUUAUAUAUUGGAAAUUAGAAACAUCAGAGUUUAAAAGAAUUCUACUGUCUUCUUGGACUAUUUUUUUAACUAUGCUUGGGAUUUCUACUGCAUAUGAAGCUUUAAAAGGAUAA